AUGGGUGAUAGAAGAAGGCAUAGCAGGGCAAUGCAGAUGGCACAAUACCAAGCAAGGCUUGACAUUGAGGAUGCAGAAUUGAUUAACACUGAAACUGAACUUGUAAACUUGCUUAUGCAAUAUGAGCACCAUAGCGAAUCUCGCCAUCAUGGUUUUGUCACGGGGCGUUCAUUUGUGCAGUAUGAUAGAAAAGAGUAUCAUGACCAAAUGAUGAAAGAUUAUUUCAUCGAGCAUCUGAGAUUUGCUACUCAUGAUUUUUUAAUACAGUUUCAGAUGAGGAGAAAGCUUUUUGAAAGCAUCUUGAAUGCAAUUGUUAAUCAUGACCACUACUUUGCAAGGAAGAUAGAUGCAGUAGGCCGAAAAAGUCUAUCACCUUAUCAGAAGCUCACAUUUGCAUUUCGGAUGCUAGCUAAUAGGUGCUUUGUAGACUUAACUGACGAGUAUUGCCGGCUUGCGGAGAGUACUACUAUUGAGAACCUGAAGCGCUUCUGUCAAAUCGUGAAGACUUGA